CUUCGACACGGCGCGAUGCACUAUCAGUCCAACGACGAGAGCGAGCAAAACAGAAAGUACUUUCGUGCUCCUGUGUCCUGGCUGGUCGCGAACAUAAAGGCUUCAUUCCACUCUCGAGAUUGCAUUCAACAAGGUGUACUUUUCAUUACUUUUCUCGACACAAUCGGUGCAAGCCGUAUUUUUUUUCCUCCGAAAGAGCAAACCAAAGCACAAGGAAGAAUGGCGACGGUGGGCGUGAGCAGGGCGUCAGCAAGGAACCCCCCGCGCUGCUUGCAUUCGUACUAAUCAUCAACAUCAUCCUUGAAGUGUGUGCUAUUUUUAAAACUGUGAAUUUUCUGCCACUAACAGCGCCAUUAUACCCACAUCUAGCUGGAUCCCGUUGAAACACUUCAGGUGAAGCCGCGGGGAAGAUGGCAACAAAAAAAACAAGUUGAGCUAUUAGGGAGCCUGGUUGAAAUCAUGUGAAGAUGUUUUGAAGGUGGAGAUUACUCGCAAGACAUCAAACUAUUCGCCACUUCAGCGGCGAGAGGCAACCAGGGAAAACGAGCGUAAAUGCCAAAGGUCCUUCCUGCAUCUUCGGUGGAGUUUUCACAGUGUUUGUGUUGAAACAAAGAACACCGCGUUCCGUUUCGUUUGUGUCGUGAAAGGAAAACGAAAACCCACUGAUAGCAGUGUUUAUCGCUGGCAAGAAGCAAAAUCAUGUUCGGCUUUGUUGUGUGACAAAUUUUUGAUAAAAACAAAUCGGGAUUUUGUUUGGGUGGUGGAUGGAAAGUGGUUGUUCUCGCAGAGAACGCUCGAUACUUUGUGAUGUCCACUUUUUGGACUGAUUAGGCUGCUUUGCUUAGGGCCGAGUAACAAGUGAUAAUCGAUUUUUCCCAGUGAUUCAUCUCUGCCUGAUGGUCGGCUAAUGAUGCUGAUAGCUAUAUGUUCGUUGCGAAUAACGUUAUCCACAAAUUUGCCAAUGGAUGGCAGGAUGGCGCAACAGGAUACCGGAAGUGUACCAAACAGUGAUCGCGAGUGUACUCUCAGUUGGCAGUAAUCAGAAGUCAAUCGAAGCGCGAUGGUGUUUGAUGCAUACGAUGCAGUUUUGCAAACAACAAUUAUUUUACAAUAGUUCCGACCAGCACUGAGCUGAGCGCCCUUGUCCGCUGAAAUGACUCGGGGUGCAUUGGCUAAUUUUUUACACCAUCAUCAACACUACCAUGGGAAGCAGUCCAUGGGUAGCAUCAGUAGUCAGCAACAGUUGCAGAUGCUGCAUCACGUGCCGAAGAAACGAAAGAUGAGUCUGGCCCAGCUAAAGCUGAACCGAAGAAGGCUGUACCUCUGCCUCAAGGUGAUGCUGCUGUUUGUAGUGUUUGGGCUGUACUUUGUGCUGCUGCUGCGGGAAUCGAUGACGGCGUUUUCGACCGUACGGAGUAAAAGCGUCGGGAAGAGUGAUUUGCAACGCAAAUCACCGAUAGAAGCCCGACCGGGCAAGAGCAGUGUCCACAAGCAUCACCUACAUCACCAUCAAUCACCGCUUGCGGCGGCAGUGCAGAGGUCUUCCCAGGACAACGCCGAAGGCGUCCACCAUCCGGCAAAUCAUUCAACUCUGAAUCCGGUGUAUGAGUACUCGGAGGAGAUGAACGCAGCCGCCGAAGCGGAUUUCAACGAGCGCCGCUCGGUGCUGUGGAAUAUCUGCGCCGAGCAUCGAAUAAUCGGCAAGUAUCCGCCGAACGCGUGGGAGUUUUUCAUCUCACCCGGACAUGGGCUGGCCUGGUGCAAUAUCUUCAAGGCCGCCAGCAGCACGUGGAUGUACUACUUUAACAUUCUAGGUGGCUACGAUGUGCGCUUUCUGCAGCGGACGCGCUCCUCGCCAAUCGAUUUGGCUCGCAAUCGAUUCCCACGGCCAAGCACUGCCGAGCUGAACGACUAUCUGUCGAACACGAUAUCGUUCCUGAUAGUGCGCGAGCCCUUCGAGCGGUUGGUUUCGGCCUACCGGAACAAGCUGGAAGGCUGUCGGAACAAAUACUACAAACUGCUGGGUGAACAGAUCGUGAGAAAGUUUCGCAAGAAACCCAAAAACGGCAAGCUAUUGACGAAAUACCCCAAAGGACCAACAUUCCGCGAGUUUCUCCAGUUUCUCGUAAGUCACUACAAAAGUGGUGGCCGCUUCGACGAACACUGGAGUCCGGUGUACUCGUUCUGUACCCCUUGCAGCAUCAACUUCACCCUGAUUGCGAAGGUCGAGACGUUCCAGAGGGACAGCGAGUACAUUAUACGGCAGGCCGGACUGGAGACGCUGCUGCUGAACAAGCUCCCCCGCAGCAAGGCCCGUGCGAUAGCGAAUCGUUCCACAAGCAAUACCAGAAGUCUGACGCCGAGAUAUUUUUCCCAAAUCGACGAACAUUUGCUGACAGAAGUGCUCGAAAUCUACCAGCUCGAUUUCGAGCUGUUUGGCUACAACAGCACGAAGUACUAUAGCUUCGUGCAAGAGUCGAUGGACGACGGAUAACAGCGUUAGAAGCAGAACGUGAACAAAUGACGUGGCAAACCCGUAAGGCAAGAAAAACCACGUUCAAAAACACAGUCACCAGCGGAAAAGACUUAAAUUUAGGAUAGUGUAAAAAAACAUACAAAUCAUAUGAAAUCCCUGUUCGUUGUACGUUUCGUGAAGAUGUUGUAGCGUGAAAUAUUCAUAUAUUUUUGGAAAAACGUAAAGGCACGAUAAGAAAAAACAACAGUUAACGAUUGUUUUUGUAGGUUAGUUUCGUAUUAUAUGUUGAAACGUAUAAAGGAAAGUGUCAAAGCAGAAGAUAUCAUACCGAGACAGCACAAAUCAUAAAAAAAGCACAAUUAUCAAUGGAAGCACACAAAACACUUAACAAAAAGCUAAUCCCACCUAGUUGACGUCAACAAGCACCAAAACAUGGCGUAGACACUUUGGGAAAAGGGGAGCAUUUAUAAUUCGUAUUGCCAACCUGGCUUAUUAUUAGAUGUGAUCGAUGUUAUUAUAUACGUAUAUGCCCCGCCCGUAAUUUGCAUACACUACAGUGUCGUCCAAACAAUUCCCCCAUUGCUAUUGCGUUUCGCAGUCACCACUGUCCACGAUAAUGUGUUGUAAUAGGGUGAGAAGGGAAUUCCCAGCCGGGCGAUAACUUUUAGCAACAUAAACACAGCACACAUGCACACACGUUUCGAGUGUAUCGACAUCCUGCGACAAAACACGCGUAGCUACCGCUGCAGGUCAAUGUUGGAUCCAAGCGCAUAUGUGAUAACGUUUCCAGACCUGUAUUCAGGCUGAAGAUAGAUGUAGUUAGAAGUGCCAAAUAGUCACUGAAAGUUAUCGUCUUCGAUCGAUGUUUAUUUUUAUGCUUCUCUACUUGUGCUGCACGACUCCACAAAACAAAACAAAAACAUCCGAUUACACCGACAAAGCGUGAAGCGUGAUAAAUCUUCAACAUACCCCAGAGUAAAUGUUGUGUCAAAGACGAUACCCACAAAACCCCAGCACCAACCAAAAAUACCCAACCGAGAAAAAAAGAUCUCUACAAAUCUAGCUGUUAUUCGGAAACAAAUCACUCUCAGAGCGGGAAAGAUUCUGCUCGAGUUAGUUAUACACGGAAACAAAUCUCACAAUAUUGUAUAUGUGUAUGUUUAGGACGAAGAACAAAAAAAACACUGUUUCGAAAAAAACUAUCUAUUUUUAUAGCGAUAUUUGAAACAUUGAAACAUUAUAAAACGAUCGAAAAAUCAAUUCUAAAUUUUUGACCCAGCGUGUUUUGCUUUUUGAACAACAACAACAACAGAGAAUGACUAUCGAAAAUCUAGCAAAAAAAAAUGAAAUCGUGAAUAAUUUUGUUUACACCCACACAGAGACACACUAACACUAGUGAACAGAAAGCGUGCGCGCGUAGCUUAUACAAGCGGAGGAGACGGGAGCCUACACUGUACUAUUGAAUGUCGUUGUCAACUACGUACCUUGUAUUUACAUAAAAAUUGAGAGAUAUUAAGUUAGACACAACCGAUAUGAAAUUGUGACCGGAUGUUUGUUUCACCACGUAUUAUAUAUUCUUCAUACUACCUUUCAUUCAUGCAAACUUACGCAUGUAAACAACAUUCGCAGAAUAAGUCAUUCCAAUAUACCAAUGUAUGGGUGGGCAGCUGACAUGGAGUUGAAUGGGAAAGAUUAUCUGCAAACUGUAUUUGUACAUUCGACAUAUUCGAGGCAAGAAAAAGUAAACACGACAACAGACUGAUUCAAUAAAAAGGAAUAUAUCUUGUAGUUGAAAGGUUCGAACAUAU